AUGCGAUUCUCCACCACGCUACUCGUCGUAGCCGCAGCUGGACUCUUCGCCACUGGUCAUGCGGCCUCGGACCUGAGCCAGACCAAGAUUUUCCAGGCACAGGGCGUGAGUCAGUUUGCUGGUGGAGUCAAGAGCGUUGUCACUGGUGGAAGGCUUCUGCGAGCUGCCUAUGGCGAAGACGAGGAAGAGAGAGGCGCCUGGACGGCUUUACUGGCGCGUUUUCCGGGUACGACUGCAAAUCUGGCACGGAAGGCUGAGAAGCAAACGAAAAAAGAUUAA